UUGUUUUGGAAUUUACAGGCAAGAAUGUCCAUGUCAAAGAGUAAGAAUUUCGUGUUGGAAGUGCAGGAAUGGAAUAAAGUGUACGAUGCGUUGUACAAGUCAAAUGACAGGGACUUGAAAGAAUGGGCUCUCGGUCGGAUCUCUGUUUGGCGCGCCAGAUUUCCCCGAAUACCAACUGGCAUGGACGUGACUGAACGCUUGUUUAGGGCUCUCCUGAAGGCAGAGGAUUUGAAAUUGAGUCGAGUCGGAGGAUUUGUGAAUGCGACUUCGGCUCAGAUUGCUGAUGCCCAUUCGUGUCUCGGAUUUGCAGUCAUAAGG